UAUGUUAUUUAUUUUUUGAAGUAUUGUCAAUAUGUCUUUGAUUGAACUGUAAAGAAAAUGUGCUUCUAGCUUUCUGCCUACCUUCUAAUUUAGCUGGCGCAAACGAUGAGUAAAAUAGCUGGUCUAAUGGGCUUUUGGCUUUCCUACUACGUUCACAUGAAGCAGCCGAAUGGGUCAACUUUAAUUUGUAGUCAUCCUUUGAUAAUGAAAGUUUCAACUUGUAUUCUUCCAGGAGGUAGCUCAGUUAUCAGUGCUGUUUGUAGUCAUCCUAAACACAUGCAAACACAAAAUAGCAUACAUGCAAACACUGUCCUAUUGCUAGAGUUGGUGAUGAAUCUCACACUAACUUCAAGGUGCCUAAGGUGGAGGGGGGAUAGGAUGAGAUGGUGUUUAAAUGGGGACGGUUACAUUGAUGUUCACUCUUUCUACAAGGCUAUUCGAGGUUGGUGUUGCUUGUGCUGGUGUAGUGGGGAAACUGUGAGUCACCUUGUGAUGUUACUUAUGACUUGCAGUGUGAAGUUUUCUCUAUGUUUGGAGUUUAGUGGGUAAUGCCUAUGACAGUUUCAUCCUUUGUAUUUGGGCGGAGGAAUUGGUUUGGAAAGCACUCAGGAAAUUGGAAUUUAGUGCUGUCUUGUUUGAUUCAGUUAGUAUGGAAGAAGCGUAACUCUAGUGCGUUUCAAAAUAUU